AUGUCGUGGAUUAUGGUUGGUAGGAAGACGGGGAGAGAGGAGAAGGCGAGGUUGGUGAAGAAGAAUAUUAAGGCUGUGAUGUAUGUUUUGAUAUCUGUGAGGGUGUGGAUCACUUCGAAUUUAUUCAACCCCCGGGUUCGAGAUGAUUUGGAGGUUUGUGAACGUAGACGUAAACGAGCGAUGCGCUUCUGUCUCGUUGUGAGAUAUGGCGCUGUAGAAGGAGAAUCCGGGAUGAGGUGCCAUGCUAUUACCGCAACAAGCACACUGGGAAACCCUUCAAGCAGAAAAAGCAAUCUCCACGAUGCGAUCGGAGAGUGCUUCCCCAAUGUUAUAAUCGCCCACGCCAAUGUACUCGCAAAAGACGUUGCCAAUGGCGCAGCUGAUACAAAGUACCCUGUCCUCAAUGCCAGCUCCUCCCUUUUAUAA